AUGUUGGCCUUCGCAGUCAUUUUCAUAUGGACUUUUUGUUUUAUCUUUGUAAUUGCGCUUUUGAUACGCCGCCAAGUGCUGCGCAAACAGUUGGCUGAAAAAUACAAGUUCCUGCGGCCCCCUACAAUUCUUGCCUUCUUCCAUCCCUAUUGCAAUUCUGGUGGAGGUGGCGAACGUGUUCUUUGGACCGGCAUAAAUUGUCUUCUUCGCACAUAUCCCUCCCUUCUCAUCUUUAUCUACACUAAUGAUCCAUCUUGCCUCGAUUCACCCAAUCGGGUCUUUCGACGAGUUCGUGAAACAUUUGACAUAUCUAUUGGAGAUACCAAACGUGUCAACUUUGUGCGACUUCGCAGUGAACCCCUCUUACGUGCAAGUCUCUAUUCAUUUCUCACCCUGGCCGGUCAGGCUUUUGGUUCCAUUGUGGCUACUUUUGAAUGCCUUGUUCGACUUCCACCAGAUUUCUACAUUGAUUCCACAGGUUUCUCCUUCACAAUUCCACUCUUUUCCUGGUUUAUUGGAGCGCGUUGUGGAGCCUAUAUUCACUUCCCCACCAUCUCAGCAGAUAUGGUUAAUAGGGUCGUCCAGCAUAGCACAGCCACAAGCUACAAUAACUCCUCGCGAAUCCGAACUAGCCAAUUUCUGACAACUCUUAAACAAUUAUAUUACAUUUUCUUCAUGGGGAUUUAUGGGUGGACUGGAAGUUCUGUGAAUUGUCAUGCUGUGGCGGUGAAUUCAACGUGGACUAGGCGGCAUAUUGAAUCGCUGUUUGGUAGUCGACCUCUCCUCCUCUAUCCGCCAUGCCCGUGUUUGGUGAAUGGAAUAGAUGUAAGCGAGAAACGAAAACCUUGGAUUAUAUCGAUUGGCCAAUUUAGACCAGAGAAGAAUCAUUUGGUGAGUCACGUAUUGUUGCUGUAUUGCUUUACUUCCUAUGGCUCUUCUACGCUGUGGUAA